AAAAUGAUCAGCAAUAAAAAGCAAAUAAUGGCGUUAGUUUCCAACAUGAAAAAAUAUCCUGCGAUUGCACAGGGAAGCUGUAAAAGUGAUAUGGUAAAAUAUACGUGGCAAAUUAUAACAAACGAACUAAAUAGCUUAGGACCUCCAAUAAAAACUUGGGAUAAGUGGGUCAAGGUUUGGAUUGAUCUUAAAGCAAAGACAAAAAAGAAACUGAUAAAGUAUCGCGCGAAUUCGUUAUCAAAUAAACGUAACCCAAAAAAACUUCAUGUGCUAACUGUAACUGAGGACGCUAUCAACCACAUUUUAAGUCUCAAAUGUGAAAUUAAUACUCCGAGUGGAGAACAUAAUCCGCCAUCUAUGAAAUUGGCCCAUUUAAAGAAAAAUGAACCAAAAUGCGUUUCAUCAAGCAAUAAAAUAGAUCAUCAAGCAAUAGUCCAACCUCUUGACUGUGUAACCAAACUAACUUCGAAAAAAGAGAAAAUCUCAAACUGCUCUAAAAUAAAUAGAGUUGAAAAACAGUCAUUAGAGCUUGAGCAAGACAACUAUUAUAAUAAAAUAUAUCGUAGUGUUCAAAAUAUUGAGAGUAUUUUAAUUUCAACUUUUAAAAAUGAAGAACAGUAUCGCAAAGAAAAGCUUGCUCUCAAAAGAGAAAAGCUAAGAGUCUACGAGGAAAAUGCCAAAAAGAAACAUAAAUAUCGAAUGCUUAAGCUCAAACUUAAAGCAAAGAAACAAAAAAUGGAUUCAUUUCAUGUGGACAAUGAAAUAUGA